GGGCGGGAGCACAGAUGGUUAACGGCGUCCGCCCGCGCUGCCGGGCUCGCAGCCGGCGGUGGGAGGGCUGCGCGCCCCGGCCCGCUCCUCCGCUGCCUCCUUCGCCUUCCAAAAAGUGCAUUUCCGCCCGGGCCGGCGGAGGGGAGGCUGUCGGAGCGGGAGGCAGCCGCUCCGCCGCGGGCAGGCUCUGCCCCGGGACCGGGGGCCGGCGCGGCGGCACCGGGGGGGAUGCUCUAGGGGAGGAAAGGCAGCGGCGGGAGGGAGCAGCCCUACCCCGGAGGCAUCCAUGGGAGGCAGCUGAAGCCCGGCUGAGUAGGAGCAGCAGCGCUUGGCCCAGGGCUUGGACAGUCAGAGGCUGCUGCUCCACUCCACCCUUGGCUCAUCCAGGGCAUUUCCACACCAUGGAGGGGCUUUGGGUGCUCGGUGUCCUGCUGCUUUCCUGCCUGAUGCUGCCCUUCCCCACGAGGAGUCAGACCAGCCCCGACCAGCGUUUGCAGACGGACCCCGAGGAGGCACCGUCCCAGCACCACGCUGCCAGGGCCACGCAGGAGCAGAAGGCUGGCGGUGCCCAGGAGGGGCUGCCCCCGCGGCCCCGCUGCGUUCGCUGCUGUGAGCCGCCCGACCAGCGCUUCUCCUACCCCCGGUACCAGCCCCUGCCUCAGAUCAACAUGACCAUCCUCAAAGGCGAGAAGGGGGACCGCGGCGAGCGAGGCAUGCAGGGCAAGUUCGGCAAGACGGGGGUGGCCGGCAGCAGGGGCCACGCGGGGCCCAAGGGACAGAAGGGCAGCGUGGGCGCCCCAGGGGAGCGCUGCAAGAGCCACUACGCCGCCUUCUCGGUGGGCCGCAAGAAACCCCUGCACAGCAACGACUACUACCAGACCCUCAUCUUCGACACGGAGUUUGUCAACCUCUACGACCACUUCAACAUGUUCACAGGAAAGUUCUACUGCUACGUCCCCGGGAUCUACUACUUCAGCCUCAAUGUGCACACCUGGAACCAGAAGGAGACAUACCUGCACAUCAUGCACAACGGGGCGGAGGUAGUGAUCCUCUACGCCCAGGUGAGCGACCGCAGCAUCAUGCAGAGCCAGAGCGUCAUGCUGGAGCUGCGGGAGCAGGACGAGGUCUGGGUGCGUCUCUACAAGGGCGAGCGCGAGAACGCCGUCUUCAGCGACGAGUACGACACUUACAUCACCUUCAGCGGCCACCUCAUCAAGUACAGCGGUGACCCCUGAGCCCCUGGUGCACCCUGCUCCUCCUCCCCUGGGGCGGGGGUCCGAGGAGCCCCCGCCACCCUCUCACCCCGGGCACCUUGCCCACCACUGAGCUGUUAGCCCUUCUCCAUGCCACUACCCCCAGCAGCUGUGUGAGCAUGUGAAUACCCCAACCCCAGCUCCUCGAGGCCGAUCGGAUGCACCUGGAGGGAUUGGAGCCAUUUCCAUCCUCUGCUGCAAUAGCGACCCAGGAAUCAGCUUUUCCAGAGCCGGGUUUGCAGGGGCACAGGUGCUGGUGGCACUGGCUGUAAGCUGGCACGAGCUGGACGGGUUUGACAGCCCAUGCUCUGGUGCGAGGCAGUGCAGACACAGGCACUGCGUUCCGCCCUUGCCUGGCCUGCAUUGUGCCACACUCUGCAAGCUCUUUCUCCCAGAAAAGGGCAAAGGGUGCUCAGCAUCCGGCAGGAAAAGCAGUAAAACCACUACAGGCCUCCCGUUCCUCCUGCAGAGCUCCCAGCAGCACAGGUGGUGCAGCAUGGUGCUGGGUACCCUCUGGGCUGACACUUCCCCAAGGGCUCCCACGAGGGAGCGGAUUGAAUCAGUUCCCAUCUGCACGUCCCCGUCAGAGUUUCCCCUGCCGCAGCCUCUGCUCGGUGCCGAUGCUGCCGAGGAGGAGCUGGCUCCCCGCCGGCAGCCCUGGGUGCGGGGCCUUUGGCCUCAGCUGCUUCCUCUUCAGUUAGAUUAGCUGCUGGCCAGGCUUUGUAUUUUUGUAGAUGCAAUAGCAGAGCGGGGCCCAGGGCGGCAUGCUGACCCCCCCCCCCCCCCCCCCCGCCCUCUGCACAGCUUGUGACCACAUUAAACACCCCACGAUUUC